AUGAGAGCGGCUGGAUCGAGACAGAGGAGGCCCUUCCAGCGGUUCUGCUGCUGCGGAGUCGGGCUCCUGCUGGUGCUGUGGCUCACGCAGCUCCAGGUCCAGGGGCCAGAGGGAGGAGAGAGUCUGGAACAGCGCUGGAGUCGGAGGUUAUUGCAGACAGUGGAGAGUGUGAACCAGAGUGAGGAGGAGCCACGAGCAGCCAUCAAUGAGUUUCCUGAGGACAUCUUCACAAAAGAACAGAGGAAGAAUGGGGCUGUUUGCCUACACGCUCUAUGUGCCAUCUACAUGUUUUAUGCCCUGGCCAUCGUUUGUGAUGAUUACUUUGUCCCUUCCCUUGAUAAAAUAUCGGAGAACUUGCAGCUCAGUGAAGAUGUCGCCGGAGCCACAUUUAUGGCAGCAGGAAGUUCAGCCCCAGAGCUUUUUACUUCUCUGAUUGGUGUGUUCAUCACAAAGGGGGAUGUGGGAGUGGGCACAAUUGUGGGCUCAGCCGUCUUCAACAUCCUGGUGAUCAUCGGCCUCAGUGGGAUCUUUGCAGGACAAACUGUGGUCCUGACCUGGUGGUCUCUGUUUCGCGAUUCCAUGUACUACAUUCUGUCUGUGCUCACGCUCAUCUUGGUCAUCUAUGAUGACAGAGUUGUUUGGUGGGAAUCUAUUCUCCUCAUGGCGUUAUAUGGAAUAUAUAUAGUAAUCAUGAAAUUUAAUUCCCCAAUAUCAGUGUUUGUUAUGCGCCAGUGCCAGAGCGCAGAGCCGUGUUGCUCCAGAUCUGAACAUGCACAAGAAGACAAGAUGGUGGAUGAGGCAGCGGCUUGCAACACUUCCAUCGUUCUCCUGAGUAAAGUUCAGAGUCAUGGUGACUCUGGCCCGGUGGUGAUGGUGGACGAGCUCCUCAUCCUGAACCCUCACAAACUAUCCUUCUCGGAGGCCGGGCUGCGCAUCAUGAUCACACCACACUUCUCCCCUCGCACCAGGCUCACAAUGGCAGGACGCAUGCUCAUCAGUGAGAGACAGAGGCUGAUACGCAGCUCGAAGAGUCAAAAGGAAGAAGCUGGGCCUGGAUCCAGGCGGACGUCCAGCUGUAGUGUGAAGAGGACGACGUCCUACGGUCUGGAGAACGGAGGAGGGCAUUCCCGCGUUGGAGACACAGAGUCUGUGGGGAAACAAGGGGCUGAAAGGGAGGGCCCUGAGGAAAAGGAGGAUGAUGGGAUCUUCAGACCUUGGCACUUUCCAGGAGGCUGCGGCGCGAGGGUGAAGUGGGUGACCACGUGGCCGCUGGGCGUCCUGCUCUACUUCACUGUGCCCAACUGUCUUCAGCCGCGAUGGCAGCGAUGGUUCAUGGUCACCUUUAUUGGCUCGACUGUGUGGAUCGCAGUCUUUUCCUACCUCAUGGUGUGGAUGGUUACCAUCAUCAGUUCCACACUGGGGAUCCCAGACUACAUUAUGGGCAUCACGUUCCUGGCGGCUGGGACCAGUGUACCAGACUGCAUGGCCAGUCUGAUAGUCGCGCGACAAGGGAUGGGCGACAUGGCUGUAUCCAACUCCAUUGGCAGCAACAUCUUUGACAUCCUGCUGGGGUUGGGGUUUCCGUGGGCAUUGAGAACUCUGCUGGUGGAUCAUGGAUCAGUGGUUCAUAUCAAUAAUAAAGGGUUGGUCUAUUCGGUUGUCUUGUUGUUGGCCUCUGUUUUACUGACUGUGAUGAGUGUGCAUCUGAACCAUUGGAGACUGGACCGUCGCCUGGGCUUUGGCCUCUUGUUUCUCUAUGCUGUCUUCUUACUCUGCUCAAUCUUCUUUGGGCAGAUGUGA